AAUGAAUAUUUAUUCCGUAGCUACUCAGCAGAUAGAAGAGCGUCCGUAGGACGUCAUUGGUCAUUUGGUGGAAUAAUUUCAAUUCAGCAUGUUUGUUUCGCCGUGCCUUUUAUUCUUAAACAUUUUUUAUUUUUGCCUGGCCAGCUCAAACAAUCCGAGAGUCUUGCUUGAUGAGAAAGAUGUCCCCAUCAAGAGGUACCCUUUGUCUGGUAAUAACAGUCGUAUAGAACUUCUUCUGGGUCCUCAUAACAACAGUAUCUUUGUUGGGGGCCAUGGAAGACUUUGGUACAUUGACUUCAACAGACCCGAUUCAUCUAAUGAGGUUACCUUUCCUGUGUUGGAAAGGAAAACAGAUAAUUCAAAGCCAACAACCCCUUCUAACUAUGAAUAUAAUAUUACCACGCUACACAGUGCCAAUGCCACUUCGCUGUUUGUGUGUGGAUCCAAUGGAAAAGAGCCGAAGUGUUGCUUCAUGUCUACAGAGGGGCUUAAGAUGAAUUGCACUGAGGGCAUUAGAGCUCGAGGAAUCGCCCCGUUAAAUGUGACUGAGCGGGCACCCUCCCUCUAUCUUGAGGGUGAUGUGUACGCUGCUGUGAAUACAGACGUGAAGGACAAUUUGGUGGCACUGCGCAGGAUUGGGCCAAAGGCCGAUAUCUGGCCAGAUAUCGACAAGAAUGAACAGAGGUAUGUGAGCAUGGCGUUCAGUGGGCCCAGAAAGGAUCAGCUGCAGGACAGGGUCUACACUUUCCUGAUGCAGAAGAGUUUGGAAGCUAGCUCCUGGACCACGUGGGUCACCCAGGUCUGCAAGGCGGACUUGGGCGGGUCAAAGAUGUUCCUGCAGAAGGCCUGGACUUCCCGGUUGAGCGCCCGGCUGUUAUGUGGAAUCCAUGACAGGAUGCUUUUCUUCGACCAGCUUGUGGAUGUGACUGUCUCGCAGGAGGCCAAUUGGGAGGAGAGGAGGGUGUAUGGACUCUUUAAGAACAGCUGGGAUAUGACAGCAGUGUGUGUAUAUACAAUGGCCGACAUUGAUAACGUCUUCAAAUCUUCUGACGUCAAAGGGGAGUGUGUUGAGGACAGUACAAAACUGGGGCCUGAUGUCUUGAGGAAAAUAAAGGACAACCCAAACGUGAAGAAUUCGGUGUUGCCUGUGAAAGGCGGUGGCCCCCUCAUGGUCAGUCGCUAUGACUACCGGCAUAUCCGAGUGGACAGAGUGCAAGGCGGUGGUCAUGGCCGGAUAUAUUACAACGUACUCUUUCUCUCUCUGGAGAGUGGCAGUGUGCACAAGGUUCUGGAGCAUGCUGGAGAGCCCUUCAUCAUCGCUGAGCUGCAUCCAUUUUCGAGCAGGCACUACAUCCAGAACAUGCUGCUGCAGCCCUUCACAAAGAGACUGUAUGUGAGUUCCAGCAGUGAGGUGGUGGAGGUGGAUCUGAAUGGGUGCCAGAGGUACGGCGGGCAGUGCGAGGAUUGUGUCCUGGCCAGAGACCCCUACUGCAGCUGGAAUGGCACUCACUGCGCAGCAACUGCCGAGUCUAGAAAUCCAAUUCAGGAUGUGGAGCAUGGAGAUGUUUCUGUGUGCAGACAAGGCAAAGAUAUUUCCAAAAGGUCCUUGGAAAGUGACGCUGAGAUUGUCCCACUGGCGUCAAAGUGCUUCCUGAGAUGCCCCAUGUUCUCCAGCCACGCCCAGUACCACUGGCUCCACAACAACGUGUCGAGGGAGUGCCAGGUGGCGGAGGGCUCCUGCCUGCUGCUCAUCGACCGCAUGAUGCCCGAUCUGGGCGGCUGCUACGAGUGCGUGUCCGUGGAGCGGGGCUACAGGAAGACGCUCGCCCGUCACCAGCUGCGGACGGAGAGCAGGGCCCCAGGCCCCACCCCAUAUCUCCUGGCCCUGGUGUGCCUCCUGCCGUGCCUCCUGCUGUUACUGCUGCUGGUCUGGUGGGCGCGAUCCCCGUUCUUCUUCCGCUGCGGCACAUCCCAGGCUCCAGUCAGCAUCACUGAGGAACCUGCACAUCUUCCAGUCCCAGUGCAGUCAGCACGGGUCAGCAGUCCGGGACUUUGAAUAGAUAGAUAGAUAGAUAGAUAGAUAGAUAGAAACUUUAUUGAUCCCGUAGGGAAGUUCCCUUAGGGAAAUUCAGGUUUCCAGUGAGUACAGCACCAUAAGUUAAAAAGUUAACAAGUUAAACAUCACACAUCAAACAUAGAGAUAGUAACGAUAUAUACAUAAAAUAAAAGAAAAAAGAAAAUAAAUAAAUAAUAAAGUAGCAGCGAUUAUAUAAAAUAGCAGCGGUUGUGUCAGUUUAAUUAAAUAGGUAGUAAACAAUAAAUAAUGAGACUGUUCAGUGUGAUGAUGUUCAGGUGAUCAGGCCUAACUCUACUUCCUCAGACCUCAGACCUAACCUAUCCUCCCCCACCCCCUCCUCUCCCUCCAACUUUGGAGUUGUACAGUCUGAUGGCACGGGGAACAAAGGAAUUUUUCAGUCUGUUCGUGUUGAUCCUCGGGAGCAGCAGCAGAAUGUAAACUUUGAGUCAAAGUUUGAAUGUAAUCCAGUCUAUAGGAAAAGCUUGAUUUGAAAAUUAGUUUAUUCAGUCUAACACACACACACACACACCUGUAAAACAUUCAGUCUAUACA